UUUAUUUUGGCUUCGGGGGGGGGAGCAGACAUGUAUGAGGGUAUGUGCGUGUUUGUGCGUAAAAAAACUGCGCUUCAUCUGAGCCACUAUCUGACAGUCUGCGGGAUUGCCCUGACUUUCUUUUUCAGCGGAAUCUAAUUAUAAGUCGGUGACAAAUACUCCAAAUACAGAAGCAACCCAACUGUGAUGUGGGGGUGGUGUGAGAGAACAGUCCCCCCCACCCCUCUGUUGGAUCCGGAGCCCGCCGGGAGAAGGACGCGCACAGGUGCCUGCACUUUUACGGUCCAUGUCUUUUUCUUUUUCUUUCCUCCUACCAUGAAGAGACAAAACGCCCGGACCCUCGCUCUCAUCAUCAGCAUCCUCACUUACCUGGUGGUGGGAGCGGCCGUGUUCGAGACCCUGGAGUCCAAGCAGGAGAAGAGCCACAAGAGGAAGCUCGACGCCAGAAAGUACGAGCUCAUGCGCAAAUACAACUUGACCAAAGCGAACUUCGAGGAGCUGGAGCAAGUCGUGCUGCACCUCAAGCCGCACAAAGCAGGGGUCCAGUGGAAGUUCGCGGGCUCUUUUUACUUCGCCAUCACUGUGAUAACGACGAUAGGUUACGGCCACGCGGCGCCCAGCACCGACUCGGGGAAAGUGUUCUGCAUGUUCUACGCCCUCCUGGGGAUCCCGCUCACCCUCGUCAUGUUCCAGAGUCUGGGCGAGCGCAUCAACACCCUGGUCCGGUACCUGCUGCACCAAGCCAAGAAGUGCCUGGGGAUGCGUCAGACCGAGGUCAGCAUGGCCAACAUGGUGACGGUGGGCUUCUUCUCCUGCAUGAGCACCCUCUGCGUGGGCGCCAUGGCGUUCUCUCAGUGCGAGGGGUGGAGCUUCCUGCACGCUUUCUACUACUGCUUCAUCACGCUCACCACCAUCGGGUUCGGGGACUACGUGGCCCUGCAGCGGGACGACGCGCUGCAGAACGACCCCCGGUACGUGGCGUUCUGCUUCGUCUACAUCCUCAUGGGUCUGACGGUGAUCGGCGCGUUCCUCAACUUGGUCGUGCUUCGCUUCCUCACCAUGAACACGGAGGACGAGCGGCGGGACGCCAAACAGCGGGCUCUGAUGUCGGUGAAGCCCAGAGGAGAGGUGGCUCACUUGUUACCGGCGUCCGCCUCGACCGCCUCGCCGCCGGGAGCAGAAGACACGACCAAGGCGAAGGAUUUCAAAGGCGCCUACACAGAGGUGCUGCAUUUCCAGACGAUCUGCUCGUGCUUGUGGUACAGGAGCAAAGAGAAGCUGCAGGGCUCCGCCGUCAUCCCUCAGGACUUGACGUUUUCCGACGCCUACCUGCAGCAGAACAGCGGCGGCCCGCACUACAUCGAGCCCGGGUCCAGCGGCUGCGUUUGCAGUCCGCGUCAGUGCUCCAGCAUCAGCUCCAUAACGUCAGGCCUUCACUUCCUCUCUCCCUUCAGGAUGUUUAAGAGACGCAGCUCUGUCUAGUAGAUUCCACUCCAUGCCGAGUGGACGGCAGAAACACGCCGGCUGCAGAGUCGAUGUUUGUGGUGCUAAAACUCCAGUAAAGCAACAGCAGGACACACAAAGGGGAAGAGCACACACACCGUACUGUAAACAACAAACGUCUUACACAAAUAUCUCAGAGAGCAAAGCAAGCAAUCUUUUGACUUGAGGUCUAUUUUGUGUGCUUAGACAAAUCAUGCGAGAGAAAGUGCUGCAGGUCGAAUCAAGCGAGCAAAAAAAAAGCGACAUGAAAUACGAGAGGAAAUGCUCUGCAGUAAGUUUCUGUUUUGUAGUUGGUGUAACACACGUUGCUGGAGGUUGUAGUUUUAAGUUCUUGUGUCGAGCGUUUGUGUUCAUGAUUUCAUGACUUCAUCAUUUUUUUUUUUUUAAAGUCAGUUCCCAUUCUCUGUCAACAAUGCAGCAGCCAGUAUGUCCU